AGAUCACCUUGGUCCUAUUGUCCCGUACUUGAGAAAGUAGUUCUUUAAAAGUUUGAGAACACAUAAAGGAAAUCCUCCUCCUUGAGCUUGUCUCUUUUUGUCACUGGCUCCUUGGAACAGUCUGCAGUGAGAACAAGCGCUUUUUCAGCCAUUGAAGGACAAAUAUUUCCAAGAAAGCAUCUCGAACAGUCGGGAAAUGGAACAAACGUAUGGAGAGGUGAAUCAGCUUGGCGGUGUGUUUGUCAAUGGAAGACCCCUUCCUAAUGCCAUUAGGCUCAGAAUUGUGGAGUUGGCCCAGCUCGGGAUCAGACCGUGCGAUAUUAGCAGACAGUUAAGGGUCUCCCACGGGUGUGUGAGCAAGAUUCUGGCUCGAUACAACGAGACUGGCUCCAUCCUACCCGGGGCGAUCGGAGGCAGCAAACCUAGGGUCACAACCCCCAACGUGGUGAAAAAUAUAAGGGACUACAAGCAAGGGGACCCGGGCAUUUUCGCUUGGGAGAUCCGCGACAGACUUCUUGCAGAUGCAGUCUGCGACAAGUAUAACGUUCCCUCGGUCAGUUCAAUAAGCAGGAUUUUAAGGAACAAGAUUGGAAAUCUUUCCCAACCGAACCAAUACGAAUCCCCCAAGCAGCAACCUUCCCAGCCAGCCCUGCCUUACAACCACAUUUACCAAUAUCCGUACCCAAACCCAAUGUCACCCACCGGGACCAAAAUGGGCAACCAUCCCGGAGUCGCCGUCUCCGCAGGACAUGUCAGCAUUUCGAGAGCCUGGCCCUCAGUCCACUCUGUCAGCAACAUCCUGGGAAUAAGAGCGUUUAUGGAUCCUACAGGAGCUAUCGCUGGUACAGAUGGAUCUUACCAGCCAAAAAUAGAGGACUGGAGUAGUGUUAACAGAACAUUUUCAACAGCUCACGGCGUGAAUUGUAUUGACAAAUCAUCUAUCGACCCCGAUAUUAAAUAUGCACAGCCGGCUUCAACCCUGUCCAGUUUUGUCCCAGCUUGUGCCUAUUCUUCCAAUCAGUACGGCGUGUACAGCGCGCCUGCGGGGGGCUACGUGACCCCUGCGCACCACUGGCAGUCUCAAAGCGCGAGCCUGUCCCACCCAGCGAGCGCUAUGACUAUGCACGGCGGAGAAAUCCACUCUCCAAUGGCCUUUAAACUUCCACCAAGAGACGCAGGACACAGAAAACCUCCCAGUCCCUUAAGCAAACAACAGCACGAAGCUUUGAAUAACUUACAUGGACACACGAUCCCCGCCUCUUCUUCAUAACUCAGAGAAGCAAAUUCAUAAACUUAAACACGGAUCUAACAGACCCCACACGCACCUGGCCCAUUAGCAUUUCACAUUCCCAGAACUUACAGUAAGUGGAAGCGCUAUAUUUAUACUGCCAUUGAAAGGGUUACAUCAAGGUGGGAGCCUUCAUAGAAAACAGCAUGACAGAGAGCGGACAACGUUUCAGAGCAAGAGAGACAACGGGGGCAGCGGUUUCAACCGGCAUUUUACUGUCUCUUCAUGCAGUGGGUGAUGGGGAUCGGGAGUUUUAGUUUUAUUACAAUAGCUACUAAAUUCAAAGCCAAAUUGUACUUACCUAGUAACGAGACCAAAGACAUAACACAUUUAUUUAAAAGAAUGGCUAGUGUUAACAUGCUGAUUAUUAUUACUAUUAUUAAUAAUGAUAAUAAUUAUAAUCCAUUAUUAUUAUUUUUAUUAUUAUUAAUACUCAUUUUCAUAAUAAUCAUCUUGAAGACUUUGCCUGUUCCGCCCAUGCGAUCCUAUUCGUAGGUAGUAUUGAGUAUAUCAUGUAUGUU